UUUUAUUCAAAUUAAGAGAUCUAAGUAGCUCCAGGAGACGUAGGAAGGAAGAAGACGAAGAAGAGCAUUUGUACAGUAUCCAUGGAGGGACAAACACAUAGUAGUAAAGCUAGUAGGUCUACUAGCAAAAGUUUAGUUUCAAAGUCCAGUUGGCACACCAAAACAAAGUAAGACGUCGGUUUGAAGUAUUGGUCGACAUCAUGGCUUUGUAUACUCGCGUUUCGGGGUCUGUUGGUGUUAUUACUCUCCAAAAUCCUCCGGUUAAUGCACUCAGUGCAGCGGUGAGGCAGGGUAUUGUUGACAUGAUGGACAAAGCGCUGAAUGAGCCAGAGGUGAAGUCUGUGGUCAUCUGCGGCCAGAGUGGAAGAUUCUGUGGAGGAGCAGACAUCAAGGAGUUUAGGACAAACAUGACUGGGCCUCCACUGGUACCAAUGAUACACAGAAUCGAGUCAGGAGCCAAACCAGUGGUGGCAGCCAUAGAGGGGGUCGCAUUAGGUGGAGGCCUGGAGUUAGCACUUGGUUGUCAUUAUCGCAUCGCUCACUCUAAAGCCAGAUUAGGACUUCCAGAGGUGCUUCUGGGUCUGCUGCCUGCUGCAGGGGGAACCCAGCGUCUGCCUAGGCUCAUUGGUGUCCCAGCUGCCUUAGAUCUCAUCACUACAGGCCGUCAUGUGACUGCUGCUGAGGCACUGCAACUGGGACUCGUUGAUGAGGUUACUGAUCACAACACUGUGGAUGCAGCUGUGAAGUUUGCUUUGAGUGUUUCAGGAAAAUCUGUGGUUGCACGCCGUAUAAGCACUUACCUAUGCCCACGCCCCCCCGAUUUGGAUGCUUUCUUUGAAAUGGCAAUGCAGCAGGUGCGUCAGAAAUCCCGUGGAGCCAUAGCACCAGUUGCAUGUGUCCAGGCAGUGCAUGCAGCUGCCACUUUGCCCUAUGCUCAAGGUAUGGAGAGGGAAAAACAGCUGAUGGCCACCCUCUUCGGCUCAGGCCAAGCCCGCGCUCUGCAGUAUUUUUUCUUUGCUCAGAGAGCCGUCAGCAGGUGGAGUACGCCGAGUGGAGCCCACUGGGACACAAGCAAGCCCAGGCCAGUACAUAAAGCAGCUGUCAUUGGUCUCGGCACCAUGGGGAGAGGUAUAACUGUGGCCUUGGCACAGGCAGGGUUGUCUGUGGUUGCCGUGGAGACCCAUGAGAAGCAGCUGAUGGAGGCAAAGCAGGCAGUGUCAGGCAUGUUGGAGCGGGGAGCCAAGAGAGGUAGAAUGGUCUCUGCACAUGAUAAAGUUAGUUACAGCUGUAGCAUGCAGUCUGUGGCAGACGUCGACCUGGUCAUUGAAGCUGUGUUUGAGGACAUGGCUCUGAAGAAGAACAUGUUUCAGCAGCUGUCUAGCAUUUGUAAACCAGGCACAUUCCUCUGCACAAACACCUCUGGAUUAGACAUUGAUCUGUUGGCCACUCAAACCCACAACCCAGAGCUGGUGGUUGGAAUGCACUUCUUUGCUCCAGCCAAUGUCAUGAAGCUGCUGGAGGUGGUGUAUGGGCAGCGGUCAUCUGCUCAAGCCGUGGCCACUGCCAUGCAGCUCGGAAAGAAGAUGGACAAAGUCAGCGUGGCAGUUGGAAACUGCCGUGGUUUUGUGGGAAACCGCAUGCUGAAACCGUAUUUGGAACAGGCUUUAUUUUUACUGGAAGAGGGAGCCACCCCUGAAUUGGUCGAUAAAGUACUGGAGGAGUUUGGAUUUGCCAUGGGUGUGUUCAGAAUGUCCGACCUCUCUGGGCUUGAUGUUGGCUGGAGAGUCAGGAAGGCAGAUGGGUUGGUGGACCCUGAUGCUUCAACAGGAAAGUCAGCUAGGAUCCGACACGGCUUCAGGUACAGCCCACUGGGAGAUCUGCUAUGUGAGCAGGGACGGUUUGGUCAGAAAACAGGCCGAGGAUGGUAUCAGUAUGACAGACCUGGCUCUCGGGUAGCUAAACCUGACCCUUGGCUGCACAGCUUUCUGGAAGAGUACCGAACCCGGCAUGGAUUGCUGGCACGGCGCAUAGACCACCAGGAGGUGCUGGAGCGCUGCCUCUAUGCCCUGAUAAACGAAGGCUUCCGCAUUCUAGAAGAUGGAAUCGCUGCAGGACCCGAAGACAUUGAUGUCAUCUAUGUGUUCGGUUACAGCUGGCCCCGCCACCGUGGAGGCCCCAUGUUCUACGCCGACAUGGUGGGUCUGACCAAGAUCCUGGAGAGGCUGGAGCAUUACCACCAGGCACACCCUGAUGUACCCAGCCUGCAACCCUGCAGCCUGCUCAGGAAGCUUGUGGCCAGUGGCAGCCCACCCGUCUACAGAUGGAGGGAGUUCAUCAAGAAAAUCCACAGCCAGCUUUGAAAUCUAAACACACUUAUCUGGUCUUGUGCUCUAAUUAACCAAAUGAUUGUAAACUUACUCUGCGCUUUGAAACUCAACAGCCAUUAUUGAUUUCUCAUAUAUUGUGGUUAUGUUUGAUUAUGUAAGAGGCUGCAGUAUGUGCACUGAGGGACCAGUUUAGUAUAAGCACAUGUACAAUAACUGUACAAACCAGAAAAAUCAACAUCCUGGUUUAGCAAGCAUCAGAUUCUUUGUAAUAUCAGCAUUAAAAAUGACUUCAUUUCAAUUAUGUAAUAGUUUGGAAAAGCAGAAACACUAAUAACUCUGAAUGUAGUUAUAAUUAUGAUUAUAAUAACAACAUUGACACAUUAAAUGAGUAGGAAAUAAACAAAGGCUAAAUUAAUAAAAAUGUGAUUGAGUUAGAGGGAAAUAGUUUCACAACCGAGUAUGAAGAUGUGCAGAGCGUAAGUAAUCUAGUAAUUGACAGUAAUGGAAGUAAAUUGCUUAGGAUGUAAAAGAAAAGAUAAUUUCAUCAGAAGGAGGACAAAUGAUUGAACUGGACAGCUACAGGAGAAACUCUUGUGUAAUUCAGUGAAGCCUUUAGUAGUUCUGAGUCUGACCAACGCUGCAAAGGAUGGGAGGACUUGACCAUUUCUCUUUGUAUCUGGAUAUAGGGUUGGACAAAAAACCUAAAACGGCUUUGAAUGCCACAACAGCAGGAAAUGUUGAGACAGAAAGAAACAUCUCUGUGUGGCUCUGUCAGUCAACCAUGAUGGACUUUGCAGGGUUCCAGUGCACUACAGGACGGUUGCACUCAAAUAUUUAGAAUUUAAUGCAUAUUGUCCAUUCACAAAUAUUACAUAAUCACUUCAUCACAGCUUAGCUUACUGUGAUCAUUUUUAUAAUGGUUAGAAAUUAAAUAAAAUGGAAAAAAUGCAUUUCUUUCAUAUUCUGAACAUAAAAUAUGAUUUAAGAAAAUUAAGUUGCAAAUUGCAAUUAUUUGCAUGACUAUUUGUCAGCUCAUGUUUUGUGAGUUUGACAGCCUGCAUGGAAGUAAAAAAAAAAUCAACAAUGUAAAGCUAUUGUUCAGCCUAUAACAACAUAUUUCUAUAAUGAUCCAAGUUUAAUCCAAUAACAGAAAUUUAUACCAUUUGACUUAAAAAACAACUUUAUUUUCCUACAUAAUUUCUAUUAUCUACAACUUUAACUGCAUGUAAAAUGUGAUCGAUGCUUUAAUAAAAAUGUGUCAAAUUGG